AUGGCUGCUGAUGAGAAUCAAUCUACGGAGGAUGAUGUGAAACAAAGAUGUUGGGAUCAAAGGGAAGCUUUGCCCGGCGAACCUAUCUGUGCCGUAUGUGGCCGAUACGGCGAGUACAUAUGUGACGAGACAGAUGACGAUGUUUGCAGCCUCGAGUGCAAAAAGACUCUUCUAACCCGGCUAGCCAAGAAAUCACAGCCUUCAUCCCUCAAAGCGCCCUCCGUAAGACUACCGGCCAAGGACGAAUGCUACUAUGUUCGAGAAGACAGCAAAUCCGAAUCUCGAUCUAUGACCGACACUCAGGCCCAAGCGCUCCGCGAAAAGCUCGAAAUAUCAGUUCAGGGGGACAAUGCCCCAGCCCCAGCUUUGUCUUUCAGUUCCUGUGACCUCCCAGAGAAGCUCGUCCAGAAUCUAGAAGCUUCCGGAUACGAAAUUCCUACCCCUGUGCAGAUGCAGGCUAUCCCGUGCGCGUUGACUGGUCAGAGUGUGCUCGUUUCAGCUGAGACCGGGUCGGGCAAGACUUGCUCCUUUCUUGUCCCGAUAAUAUCUCACUGCACGAAAACGAAAAGCAACCUGCAAAAGCCAAUGGCAUUGGUCCUCACACCCACUAGGGAGCUUUCGGUACAGGUGGAGGAACAAGCCAAAUCGCUAGGCAAAGGCCUGCCCUUUAAGACGGCCCUAGUGGUCGGGGGUGACGCCAUUGCGAGACAAGUUUACCGUAUCAAGAAUGGAGUUUCAAUGAUCGUGGGUACUCCAGGCAGGCUCGUGGACCUUCUCACCAAACACGAUUUUGAUCUGGACAGUAGUGUCUCUAUUCUUGUUCUCGACGAGGUGGAUUGCAUGAUGCAGAGAGGAUUUCGCGAUCAGGUCAUGCAGAUUUUCCGAGCCUUAUCCAGUCCCCAAGUGCUGAUGUACAGUGCGACUGUCUCGAAGGAUGUGGAAAAUGUGGCGGACUCGAUUGCCAAGGGUUUCGUCCGAGUAUCGGUAGGGAAGCCUGAGAAACCAUCCGGGGCAGUCCGCCAGGUGGCGAUAUGGGUUGGGCAGGGCGGGAAGAAGGAGAAGCUUUUCGAGAUUUUGACGAGCGAGCGGCACUUCGACCCGCCGGCGGUGGUUUUCGUGGGGUCGAGGCUCGGCGCCGAUCUCCUGUGUGAGGCAAUUAGGGUGAAAACCGGGAUUAAGGCGCUCUCGAUUCAUGGGGAGAAGACGAUGAAGGAGAGAAGGGAGGUUUUGGGGUCGUUUUUGGUUGGCGAGGUGGAUGUGAUUGUGGCCACGGGGGUUUUGGGACGUGGGGUUGAUCUGCUGUGCGUGAGGCAGGUGAUCGUGUUUGAUAUGCCGAACUCGAUGGCGGAGUAUGUGCACCAGAUAGGGAGAGCUUCUAGGAUGGGAGAAAAUGGGAAGGCCUAUGUGUUUGUUGGCGAGGAGGACAGAAGGCUGUUUCCCGAGCUGGUGGAAGUUUUGAAGUCGUCUGGGGCGGAAAUUCCUCGUGAGCUUGCGAAUUCGAAGUAUCGAGUGGGGUCUUUGUCUGGGGGCAAGGGUCAAAAGAAAAGAAAGCAUGGCCAUUGA